UUCCGGUGAAAAUUGAAAAUAUGUACAACAAAAGAAAGGAGAGAAAUACUGAUCAUUUCUGUCACAUGGUUUGUGGGUAUUUCAUGAAAGAUGAUGAUUUACCAGAACAUGAUGAGGACGAUUUUGAAGAGGAAGAAGAGGACAUUCAGUUCUUAAGCUAUCAGGAGAUGAAUGGUAUUGGACAAGGGAAACAACUCUAUGAAGGAAGAAAGAUGAAAAGUUGUCAGGGAAUUUUGAAAGAUCUUGACAGACCUAACAUAAGCAACAAAGUUGCAGCUCCAUUUCACUUCAUAGAUCCAUGGUGGAAAAUUUCUAUACUACGCACAAGGUUUUUAACUGGAGACAAACGUACAAGAUAUCCUAAAGAUGGCACAAGUUUGACAUACCAGAUCAGACAGGACGAUAAAGUAGUCAGAGAUAAACUAGUCAACAUGUUUCUAAGCAAAACAUUAAGUAAAGCGGAAGAGGGCCAAGAAAACCGACAAAAUGGCAAUGAUUCAUAUAUUUACAUUGAUGAAUUUUUACAAUAUUUAGAACACAGUGGAAAUAACAGAAGAUUGAAAUUUGAACAACUUGAAGAGUUAAUAUAUGAAUUCGAAAACUUCCUGCCAGAAGAUAGAAAGUUAUCAGCAGAAAAAGUAUUGACAGCAUUGAAGACAACUGAGUGGGCAUGUAUAUCAAAGGCUUUAAAAUAUCCGAAGUUAGUAUCUUAUUUGUCACAACUGCUGCCCAUGCAGUUCAAAGCCAUCAUGGAGAACCCUGAAAAUGACAGUCUUGUUAAAGAUCUCAGCAGGGCUUUAGACCUUAAACCAUGGGUUUUUGGAUUCAAAAAGUUACUGAACAAAGAUUAUGAUUUGGUAGGCUGUGAGGCCGCUUUGAUGUCAAUACAAAGAGCUGGCCUGUUUGAUGACUUAGACCAAGUAAAUAAAGAAGCUCUGAUUAUCUAUGACUUUCUGAAGACUGACUCCAGACAACAUGGCCAUACACAGAUUUCAUUGGUCAAGUUGAAACAGAAAAUGGAGAAUGAGUGUAGAGUAUUUGAUGAAGCACUGAAAUUCUUAAAAAGGCACAAAAUAACCAAGGAGGUUGAGAUAGAUAAUGACUUGAAAGUGUGUUUACAACAGUUAUAUAAUUAUGAAAGAAAAAUAAGUGAAGGAAUUAAUACUCUGUAUAAAAAGCAGUUAGAAGAUCCUUGGGAACUUGAUGUUGAUCUGGAAAGUGAAGAAUUUGAUAGAGUUAGAGGAGACAAAGAGCAACUAGAAGCAGCUAAAAUGUUACUAAAGUACCCGAUAGUUGUCAUAUCAGGAAAAGGAGGUUGUGGUAAAACAACAGUUGUCACUAAAGUUAUGUCUUUACAAAGAGAGAAAAAGGAAGAAGAUAAGAAGGAAGAUGGGAAAGAAGAAAUGUCACAAAUAGAUGGAAGAGAUGAAUUGGACUGGAAAGACUUCAAAUACUCACAGAAAACUAGAGAAAACAUCAUUGAUCCUGACUGUCCUGAAUCUGAGAUGUUCUGUAGCCCUCAAGAUAGGAUACCAGAUUCUGAGAUGUUAUGUAGCCCUCAAGAUGGCACACAAGAAUCAAAGGAAGAAGAUCCUAGGGACAGUUCUGAACCUAUCAUCAUAUACACUGCUCCAACAGGCAAAGCUGCUAAUUUAUUGGGCAGACGAGCUAAUACAAAUGGUUAUACAUUACAUCAGAUUAUAUGGAGCUAUAAGUUUUAUGUAACACAGAAGGAUCCAGACGCUAAGUGGAAGUUCAGACAUGUUAAGACACUUGUUGUUGAUGAAUGCAGUAUGGUAGCAGUUUCUACUUUUUCAACACUUCUUACAACACUGAUGGAAAAUUCAAAACUAAGGAAAAUUGUUCUCUUAGGAGAUGUAAGACAGUUGCCUUCCAUUGAACCUGGAAAUCUACUUGCUGACAUCUUUAAGUCAACAUAUCCUAUAAAAUCUGCCGUUGAACUGAAGACAAAUCACAGAGCUGAAUCAAACCUUAUCAUACAAAAUGCCACAUACAUUUCUGAAAAGAGAUACCCAAUCUUUUCUGCGGAGCAUAGUUUUGCUUUACAUGAAGUUCCCAAAGAGGGUAAUGAUAUGCAUGAUGUAGUUGUACAACGAAUGUUAAAAGAUGAACCCACACUUCAAGACCACACCAGAUCUCAGUUUAUUACAUUUACAAAUAAAUAUUGUGAGAUGAUUAAUGAACAUGCAUGUAAAAAGUACAACAAUCAUACCACAAGGAAUCACAAAAAUAAACUGGAUUUCCGAAUUGGUGAUAAGAUUUGUCUGAAGAAGAAUGGUAUGGUUGUGGUUUAUGAGGAUGAUGGAAGUGGUAAAAUUGAUGUCAAAUAUUUAGAGGGAGACUUAGAACCUGAACAAGCAGCAGACGCAAUGGAAAUAACACUCAUGUCUCAAACACUUGAUGGAACAAGUCUAUGUGAAACAAUGAAUGCAGCAAACACAACAGGGAAUCUAGAAAGAAAUGAAUCAAACAAGAAACAGAAGAAGAAGAAAACUGCUGCCACCAUCAGACUUUGUAAUGGAGAGAUUUACUUCAUUAAAGAUGAAGUCAAUUCUGUGAGCAACAGAGGAAGAGCAGACAGAUUUUUAAAAUUUUCUGAUGAAGAUCGUGAAUGUCCUAGAGAAUUAUGGGUAAAUUACAAAGAAGUCAUGCAGAAGUGCAAAAUGAAACAUUCCUGGGCUCGUACUAUUCAUACGUUUCAGGGAUCAGAGUGUGAGACAUUAGUAUAUGUACUGGGGUUCAAUCAGUAUCAAAACUGGCAGCAUGUGUAUACUGCUGUAACAAGGGGAAAGAAAGCCGUCCAUAUUGAAGGAACAAAAUAUCAUCUACAAAAAGCUAUACAGAAAGACCCAGAGAGAAGAAAUACAACGUUAUACCAUCAGCUGCAUAACAUGUUACCAGUGGAGGAAAUUUUAGAUGAAUUAGUUUCAAUGGAGGAAAGCCCUAAAGAGCCAAAGUUCACCAUUUUGAAAGACAAAGAAAAUGCAUAUGCUGGACCUAGCACAUCACUCAAUAUCAGUAGCAUAAAACCUUCUACUUCAACACCUUUAUGUCAAAGAAAUGGACUCCAAAACUUCUUAAGGAAGCCACAUUUAGACCGUAUAAUGGAUUCUGAUGAUGUGGCACCUCGGUCACCACUUUCGGACAGCCAGUGGUCUGAUUAUGGAGAUGAUACUUACAUUGAAGCAACCCAAGACAACAAAAGAUGUCUAAAUACGGAUAAUCACAAUAACAUAAGUAGUACUGAAAAUGACAACAGUUUUGAUCUGAUGAACUCCUUAGACAUGACAGAAAAUUCUGAAAUAAACGGUGACUUAACUGCUGCCUGUGACUUGUUAGAAGCCUCCAUGGCCCAGAACAGUCAAAUAACAUCAGUCAUGUCAAAAGCUCAUAAUACAGAUCUUCAAGACUCUUUUUCAAACUAUCAGACAAAAGGUUCUAAAAAGGAGAGUAAUUCAUCUGCAGAUUCUCUUAGUAUUGAGGAGUUUGACAGUUUUUCGUCACCAGGAUCACCCAAAAAGAGAUCUCAUGGAGAGGAUUUGUUUACUACACCAAAGAAACAAAAACCAACAAAACCAGACGUAUCACCAACUAGGAAGAUGCUGACUCAGCUUGCAUUCAAAUGAAUCAAUGUCAAUUAACGUCCUGUAUUUAUGAAUUCUGUGGAAAAGAAUAUUACAGCCAUUUUGUUAUCUACCUUUAGGUUUACUGCAUGCUGAAGAAUUCAUACAGUUGUUAAGCCUCAAUUAAUGUAUGUAAUAAUUGAGAGAAUCUAUCUGAUGUUUGGUUUACUAAGAUUUUGAAAAACUUUAGAACAUAUGAUCUGAAACCAUUCUAGUUUAUUCAAAGUAACUGCAAUUUGUUGAAUGAUAUGAAAAUAAGUUAUGAUAUACCACAUUAUUGAAUAUAGUGUUGAGUUAUGGGGUUUUAUUCAUUAAAAAAGGGACAUUUUCCAGCUUUCAGACAAUAACUCAAAAAUGCUUUGAACAGGUUUCAUGAAACUUUGGUGAAUAGUUUAUAUCUAUUGAUGUGAGCUCCCUUUCGAUUUUUAUAAAUUUUGAAUUUUACAUUUCCGAGUUAUGGGGUUUUAUUCAUUAAAAAUGGGGGAUUUUCCAGUUUUUCCAAGUUGUGGGGUUUUAUUCGUUAAAAAAAGGGGGAUUUUCCAGUUUUCGGACAAUUACUCAAAAAUGCUUUGAGCAGUUUUCAUGAAACUUUGGUGACUGGUUUAUAUCUAUAGAAAAAGCGAUGGGCGUAGCAUGCGCUCAUGGUACAACUGUUUAUUUAUAUUGUUACUAUAACAACAAGAUGAAUUUUGUAAUUAUGGCUUAUCUAUUUUUACACCAGAAUACAAUUUUUAUACGACCGCAAAAAUUAAAAAUUUUUUGGUCGUAUAUUGGUAUGACGUUGGCGUCGUCGUCGUCUGGCGUCGUCCGGCGUCGUCCGAAGACACAUUGGUUUUCGCACUCUAACGUUAGUUUAAGUGAAUGGAUCUCCAUGAAAUAUUACCAUAAGGUUCAAUACCACGAAAGGAAGGUUGGGAUUGAUUUUGGGGGUUAUGGUACCAACAGUUAAGGAAUUAGGGGCCAAAAAGGGGCCAAAAAUAAGCAUUUUUGUAACUUUCAGACAAUAACUUGUGUGUAAGUGUAUGGAUCUCUCUGACAUUGUACCACAAGGUUCCAUAUCACAAAGGGAAGGCUGUAAUUGAUUUUGGGGGUAAUUGCCUCAAAAUUUUAGGAAUUAGGGGCCAAAAAAGGGGCAAAAAACAAGCAUUUUUCUAGUUUCAUGACAAUAACUUGUGUGUAAGUGUUUGGAUAUUUCUGAAAUUGUACUACAAGGUUUCAUAUCACAAAGGGAAAGCUGGAAUUGAGUUCGGGGGUAAUUGCCUGAAACGUUUAGGAAUUGGGGGCCAAAAAGGGGCCAAAAAUAAGCAUUUUUCUAGUUUCAAGACAAUAACUUGUGUUCAAGUGUAUGGAUCUCUCUGAAAUUGUACUACAAGGUACCAUACCACAAAGGGAAGGCUGGGAUUGAGUUUGGGGGUGAUGAAUCAUAAGGGGGUUCAAAAAAUUUGGGGUGGGGGAUUUUUUUUUUUUCCUUUUUUU